UAUGUGGUGGGACCACCGUACCCCAACCCCACAUGCAACAGUCAGUUUUAUCCUGGCGGCAAGUGGCACCUGAACGUCACCGAUAACCCCAUCAACGCAUUCCAACGCAGAAACGACGCAUUCAAAUAUCCGUUCUCAUCUAGUCCCUUCCAAUCCAAUCCCAAAUCGAAGUUGAUCAUUUUCUGCUAAAACGUCGACGUCUUGGCUCCCAAGAUGGCCAGCCACCAAUCCUCGCCGGAAAAUCUCAUACUCGUAAACCGCGAACCCAACGGAAUCGCAUUCGUGACGAUCAACCGUCCCAAGUCGCUUAAUUCGCUGACCCGGCCCAUGAUUAUAGACCUCGCCAAAGCCUUCAAGGCCCUCAGUCAAGACGAGUCGGUCCGGGUCAUCAUUCUAUCCGGGUCGGGUCGCGCCUUUUGCUCCGGAGUCGAUCUCACGGCCGCGGAGGACGUUUUCAAAGGGGACGUGAAGGACGUGGAGACCGACACGGUGGCGCAAAUGGAGCGGUGCCGAAAGCCCAUCAUCGGAGCCAUUAAUGGGUUCGCGGUCACUGCCGGGUUCGAAAUCGCGCUCGCUUGUGAUAUAAUCGUCGCCGCAAAAGGAGCUAAAUUCGUGGACACUCAUGCCAGGUUUGGGAUAUUUCCGUCAUGGGGUUUGUCUCAGAAGCUUUCGAGGAUUAUAGGGGCCAACAAAGCGCGGGAAGUGUCGCUGACAGCGACGCCUUUGACGGCGGAGCUGGGUGAAAGGUUGGGGUUCGUGAACCAUGUUGUUGAAGGGGGUGAGUUGCUGAAGAAAGCUCGUGAAAUAGCUGAGGCCAUUGCGAAAAAUAACCAGGACCUGGUGUUGAGGUACAAGGCUGUUAUUAAUGACGGGCUUAAACUGGACCUGGGCCAUGCUCUUGCACUAGAAAAGGAGAGGGGUCAUGACUAUUACAGUGGAAUGACCAAAGAGCAGUUUAAGAAGAUGCAAGAGUUUAUAACAGGUCGGGGUUCAAAAAAGCCUUCUUCCAAGUUGUAGAAUUUACUGCUGUAAGCACAAGAAUGUUAUGUUAAGCUCUCGAAAUCGCAAAGGUAGGAAUGAGCUUAAUUUGCCCCUCAGGUGGCCAGCAAUCGACAUGUUGAGCUGUUUAAGUUAUUGGGCAUACAUGCAACUCUGGUUAAUAACACAUUUUCCUUCGUUCAAAUUACAAUUAGAAAUUUUGUUUGAGUUUUAUCAGCUCUA